UCCUGAGCAUGCCUACAAAGCGUCGAAAAUAAACAAAAGACCAAGAGGGGGAGAUUGGCUUGUGUGCCGCUAAAAACUUAGCAAAAUAAAGUACAGACAUAUCUUGUGCGUCUGCUGCGUCUCAUUAAUUAUUGGCAGAAAUCCUAUUAAUCAUGGAGAACGUAUUUUCGGUGCGCGUGAGUGUCUUUUCCGACCAGGGAGGAAGGAAAUAUAUGGAGGAUGUAACCGAGGUUAUAGUGGAGCCGGAGCCGGGUGAAGAUGAGCUUGAUUCGGCCGAGCAUGGCGAGGCGAAGCUGAACACUUGUGCAUCUGUCGAGUGCACGCCGGUAAACGUAAGAGAGCCGAGGUCUUCCAUCGGCACGUUUCACGAACCCCUGAUCGGAUCUGCACCCACCAUUGAUGCCUGGACGCGAAGCAGGCAGGGUGAUACUGAAAGUUGUUCGGUUACAGCGGCAACGGAACGGAGCGGGGCGCCGGCUGGCGAUGCUCGCCCCCGCCGGUCGGUGGCCUUUUUCGCUGUGUUUGACGGCCACGGGGGACGGGAGGCAGCUCAGUUUGCACGGGAUCAUCUCUGGGAUUUUAUAAAGAAACAGCGGGGAUUUUGGUCGAAGGAUGACGAGGAAGUGUGCGCGGCGAUCCGAAAGGGUUUCAUCGCUUGCCACCAUGCCAUGUGGAAGAAGCUACCGGAAUGGCCAAAGACCCUCACAGGGCUGCCCAGCACCUCGGGCACCACGGCCAGUGUGGUGGUCAUCCGGGGGGACCGCAUGUACGUGGCUCAUGUGGGCGACUCGGGCGUGGUGCUGGGGCUGCGCGAUCACCCCUCUGACCAGUAUGUCCGUGCUGUGGAGGUGACGCAGGACCACAAGCCGGAGCUGCCCAAGGAGAGGGAGCGAAUUGAGGGCCUGGGAGGCAGCGUGAUUAAGAAAUCUGGGGUGAAUCGUGUGGUGUGGAAAAGACCCAGGUUGAGUCACAAUGGUCCAGUCCGGAGGAGCACAGUCAUCGAUCAGAUCCCUUUCCUUGCUGUGGCCCGAGCUCUGGGGGACCUGUGGAGCUACGACUUCUACAGUGGGGAGUUUGUGGUGUCGCCGGAGCCUGACACCAGCGUGCUGACGCUGGACCCCCUGCGGCACCGAUACAUCAUCCUAGGGAGCGAUGGGCUUUGGAACAUGGUGCCACCACAGGAUGCCGUGUCUAUGUGUCAGGACAAUGAUGAGGCCAUGGCACAGUGUGGGGUGUCAAGUGCUCAGCAGCUAGUAAGCCACGCCCUCCUGCGAUGGCGGCAGCGCAUGCUCCGUGCCGACAACACCAGCGCCAUCGUCAUCUCCCUGCAGGAGCCCGGGGGAGCUCAGGGGCCGUUGCACCACGAGGAGGUCCUUCUCAACCUGGCAGAUGGCCCUCACUGCGCACCCAUGUCUGGAUCGCGAUCCAACACCCCCCUCAUCAAGAUGCUUGACACAGACGCCCCCUCGCCCGUGUGCGAGCUGCUCCCGGCCCUGGAACGCCGUAACGGCUUCUCCAGUUCGAAUUUCGCGGCCCUCGCUGACCCCCUAUCGGUGCGGCUGGCGGACCUUGGGAGCCUGGCGGUGCAGAGCAUCCCCACCGGCGGUCGCGCCUCUCCCGGGUGCAAGCGGACCACAGAGGACACAGCCAGCCCCGGCGGGAAGAGACCCCGCCGCAGCCUGGCCCGCUCCCCCCACAGCCCGCUGUCGCCUGCCACCCUGCGGCGCAGGGACCCACAGCGGCUGUCGGUAAGGCGCGGCAAGGGGCAGAAGCAGUCGCCCAACGUGCCAGCUCUGCUGCAGCAGCACCGCAAGGCUGCUGUGUGUGUGUGCUGAGCCCGCCCCCUGGCUCUUGGACACGCCCACGCACAUUCUGUCCACUCAACUGCUCACCCCCAACCCACCCACGUCACUACUGAUCGCUGAGCCCCAGGACCUAUCCGUCGACACCUCCUUGCCAUACAUCAGACGGGCUCUCGUGUACGAUUUUUACAUCUUUACGUGAACGGAUUCAUCCAGAUUCACGCGUCCCUUUUUUGAAGGGGUGGGAAAGUUUUUUUUUUUUUUUUUUUUUUUUUUUUUUUUCUUUUUCCUCCCCCCUUUCUUUCUUUUCAUACAAAAAGUCUCACUGUCAACACGACUUUGUUCCUGUUGCUUGUUACCUGUAAAGGUGGAAAUUUUCGUAUGGCUGGUGUAUCUUUUUGUUGUUGAUUUUUAUAAUUUUUUUUCCCCCACUUCUCAAAGCACCAUACGUGGUCCAUUCACUUACUUGUAUAUAUUGUCAAGAUAAUAAUGGAUUUAUUCGAAGGUAACGGGGGUCUGCGUUAAGUAAAGCAAUAUAUUUUUAUACAUUGUCUUAUUUUAAAAUUGGAAAGGAUACACCACAGUCAGAUUUAGGGUAGCGUAGCGUCACACAGUGUCCUGAUAAUGUUAUUCACUUUGUUCUCAGUUACACCCAAAUUUGGGAUAAUUUAUGCAUUGUUGUUUUGAUGUGCAUGUCUAUAUAUAUAUUUUUUUUCUUAAUUGUUCCUUUUUCCAUUAAGCGAGGAACUUUUAUCCAACAUUGGAAGGUGCUGCUAUAGUUUAAUGGUAAGAAAUAUAAUAUUAUAUAUAAAAUAAAUAAUGUUUAAGGUUCAUGAAGUGUUGAUGUUGAGGGCAUGAUUCCUGACAUUGGCUGUUUGGAAACCACCUCUGUUUUGUCUUGACAUUUAUCAUAAAGUUGUGGUCUCAGAACUGUUGCGAGAAGGUUUCCUAGCAAUGUUCAGACUUCUGAGUCGAUGGUUACGAGAAGAAAGCUGGACGGACAUUUGGUUUGCUACGCCUAACCCCAUCACAAAAGCCUCCACUCAGAAGGAGCCAGUCAGUGUGGGCUAGCUUAAAUGUAAUAAGCCAAGGAGGUCCCAGGUGGAGGUGCUUGGAAUGGUGUGGGAGGCUGGAGGUCUUGCAGCAGGACUCUCGUCCUCUGUGGUCCUGGGUGCACAGCCGGACCCCUCAGAUCCUCCACAUCGGGGCCUAAAUCGCAAGUCUUCCUGAGCUUCCUUUCCGGAGGAGCGGCUUUUUAUAGUCCAAGCACUCGUCAGAGACCGGGAGGCUACGGGACAGUAUUCCGAUGUUCUCAUGUGACUUUUGUCCAUGGAGGGGGGGAGAAAAACGGAGACCAUGGAAAGUUCUUAGCUAACCGUGUCGAUUUGAAUAAGCAGUCUUAUUUAAAACGUUCCUGCAGGUGGAUUGGAACUGGUGCUGUGGACGACGUCUAAGAUGAGAGAACAAAAUGAAAUUUGUACUUUAAGGUUACGACACAUAACACUCCUGCUGUAUUCAGUGAAGGAGGGAGACCUUGUUCACGUUACACCUGCAUAGCAUUGCUGCUUGGCUUAGCUGUGACUCACCACUGUCAGACAGCACUGUACACAGGUGUGAACCCUGACUGGAUAUUUCUGUCUUUUUUGGGGGGUGGGGGGAAUGAUGGAAAUUUAAUCUUGCACAGUCUCAUGCUGUGCGGUGUGUGUAACCGUCCUCGGGCCGUUUGUUGCUUUUGGAUUACACAGUUGUUCCCUGGUCUCGUUACUCUUGUCAACACUGCGUCAGAAAGACUUUCCAGUUCUAGGCCAAAGUGCAAUUUUCGGCAUCCAUUUUUUUCCAUGUUUUUUCACUUUUAACUUCUGGUGAUAAAUGUGGCACAUGUUAAGAAGCAUUGUGGGAUUCAUACUUCAGGGAUUCAGCAUGUAUGCUUUUAUUAUUUUAUUUUUUUUAUAGACUUUGUCAAUUAAGUCUGAAUUGUAGGUCCACUUGGGAAUUAAUUUCCUGUCAGAUGUCCAGUGAUCUGUGACACCCCAGUCUGGUUCGCACAGCGUUAACUGUGCAUGUUAAACGUCAGUGCACGUGUACAGUCUCAUUGUGAAAUUUGAUCACUCAUUUUGAAUGUGUGGGAUAUCAGUAUAUUGAAUAAACAAAAUGUUUUUUGGUCUUA